GAUCACAUUAGUAUUCUUGUCCUAUCAAUGUGCGGGGCCGCGACCAACGUCAGCCGGACCGAUUUCCUGCGUCUGCCAGUCCCGCCACGGAUUCUUUUGGGAUCCUUAAACAACGAGCCCUUAGAGACAAGGGAUCAAGGCAACAGAUUAGAGCCAAUUGCCUGCUGCGGGGACGGCCAGCCCUUUCAGGCCUGGCGACCGUGGAGAGAGAGGAAAGAUGAACUGAGCGCCGCUUCGGGAAGACACUGAAGCGAGAGAGACACCCCCUCCCGCCUCCCCACCUUGCAGAGCAGUCUUUGAAAGCUGCUCCCCCUUCUGAAUGGAAACUCGGCACCACCGGGAAACGCGUUCCUUCUCGCUCAGCAGAGAGAUCCAUGCUGAGGCGAAGGUGGUGCGAGUCCUCGCCUGCGCCCAGCUCCCGGGACAGGGCCGGCAAUGCUGCUGAGCAGAACUUGAUCGCACCCCUUCCUCUCUGCUAGUGGAAGCGAUGCUGCACGGCACAGCCAGCGCUUUCGCGGCUCUCCUUCAAGCUGAAGGUUACCCACCCGCGCAGCUAGCCUCAACCCUGUGAGCGGCGCGCCUCGGGUCCUGGCUCCGGCUGCUUGGCCGCGGCGUGCAGGUCAACCACCGGGCCGCCCGCGCAGGGGCGCACUGCACCAGCGGCUUCGGCUUGGUGGAUGUGUAUGCAUGAGUUCUGCACCGAAUGGGCGCAAAAAGCGCCCCAGCCGGUCCACCCGCUCCUCGAUCUUCCAGAUCAGCAAGCCCCCGCUGCAAAGCGGGGAUUGGGAGCGCAGGGGCAGCGGCUCCGACAGCGCCCACAAAACCCAAAGAACCCUGGACGACUGCAAGAUGCUCGUCCAAGAGUUCAACACACAAGUGGCCCUGUACCGAGAAUUGGUCAUUUCUAUUGGGGACGUCUCUGUCAGCUGUCCCUCACUCCGGGCAGAAAUGCACAAGACAAGAACCAAAGGCUGUGAAAUGGCCCGUCAGGCACAUCAAAAACUGGCUGCCAUCUCAGGCCCAGAAGAUGGUGAGAUACAUCCAGAAAUCUGCCGGCUUUAUAUACAGCUGCAGUGCUGCUUAGAAAUGUACACAACAGAGAUGCUAAAAUCCAUUUGUCUGCUGGGGUCUCUUCAGUUUCAUCAAAAAGGAAAGGAAGCAGGUGGGGGGACGAAGAAUUUGGACUGCAAAAUUGAGGAGAGUGCUGAGACUCCUGCCCUAGAGGACUCCUUGUCAUCUCCCACUGACAGUCAGCAACACUCCUGGCAGGUUUCCACAGACAUUGAGAACACUGAAAGAGACAUGCGUGAAAUGAAAAACCUUUUAAGCAAACUCAGGGAAACUAUGCCUUUACCAUUGAAAAAUCAAGAUGACAGCAGCCUUCUGAAUUUAACUCCCUACCCCUUGGUUAGAAGACGGAAGAGAAGGUUCUUUGGGCUGUGUUGUCUCGUCUCCAGCUAAGUGAUUUCUCCUGGAAACCUACCACUUGGAAUACCUGAAUAAAGAAUCACAAAACCCAAGGACCUCCAGACAGCUGAACCAUACAGUGAUUGAUUUUUGACUAAGUUUUCUAUGAUUCCUUAUUGCUUUUACCCACCUCUCCCUGCCCCUUUUAAUGAUUUUACAUUUGAAAGCAGCUGCCAUCAAGGAAAAAAGAACAGAUUUCAAAAGCAGGCUGUUUUUUUAAGGGAUUUCUAAAGUUGACAUUGUGCAUGUCUGCUCCAAACCAUGCCAUGACAGAUGCAAGAAUUAUGAUUUUUAAAUUACUUAAAGAUUUUUAAGCAUAUUAUAGAGAAAAAUUAUUUCACAUGAUAGUAUAUCUAUAGCUCUUGCUGAUCUCAUGUUAACACCUUAUCAUAUAUGAAAGAAGUCUUUAAACAUAGAAUUCUACUUAAAAUUACAAAACUGUUUUAAAAAUCCAAUAUAUUAAUAUCAUUAUAAAUAAUAUAACCAAACAUACCACCUCAGCUAUUUCUUUCUCUGCACUCAUUUACUUUUAGUCUUCCAUUCUGUCAGAAUCUAAACCUUCAACAUAAAAAUACCAUCUUAAUUUAUAAUGCCACAAAAAUAAUAUAUGAGAAAUACACUUUGUAAAUACACAAUAAUCCUAAUACCUUCACACAAUGCUUAUGGGCAAUUAAUUUCCCUUUGAGCCAAUGGUGUCUUUUUCAGCUUCUCGGAGAAUGAAGGUAGGAAAUGGUGUAG